AUGACGCUUCGACGAUCCUUAUCUCCCGCCAUGAUUCUUCAACUGUGGAUCCUUGUGGUCCUAUCAACAGUAGUGGAGUCCCUACUACAAUCUCCCACGACGAGCCAUCGAGGCCACAAUCGUCUGUUUCUAGACACGGCCGAAGAAUCCAUUUGGCAAGAACUACUUCCUUUGGGUAUUUUUCAUGGCGUCACUACCAAUCCAUCCUUACUCGAAGCCGCCGGUCAAGAAUGCUCUACUAGCAACAUACAUCACUUGGCACAAACUGCCUUGUCAACACCCGGCUGUCACGAAGUCAUGGUCCAAGCAUGGGGCAAUGCCGCUCCCGAAAUGUACAAGAUUGGCAUGGAAUUGUCCAAACCCGAUCGCGCUCGAAUUGUCGUCAGUGUUCCCGUGACACGAGAAGGAACCAAAGCCGCUGCUUGUCUGAUACAAUCCGGUGUCAGGGUGUGUAUGACGGCCUGUUUCAAUGCCAAUCAAGCCAUUAUUGCGGCCGGAUUGGGUGCCGAAUAUGUGGCUCCCUUUUUGGGACGCAUGACGGAUUCCGGCAAGAGCGGUUUGGAAGAGUGUUUGCGCAUGGGACACAUUGUCAAUGGCAUGCAAGCAACGACGCGGAUUUUAGUGUCCAGUAUCCGGUCCGAAGAUAGCAUGGCCGAAUUAAUGGCAGUGGGGGAAAUGGAUACUUUUACGAUCACUCCCGAUGUGGCACGAGCCCUGUUUCAAGAUCCACUCACACAAGAAGCCGCGGAAGAUUUCCAGGCAGCCGCACAACGAGCGGGCAAAGAUCGUUUACUUCCUCCGACGGAAUAA